AGCAAGCCCAGUUUCGUUUUUCUUACAGCUGAGUCCUUAAAAGGACCAGUUGUAAACCCUUCACAUCCUCAUUCACCAACAUGUUUUCGUGGGGUGAGGACUAUCGGCAGAGCUUUCGCCAGAAAAAUACCUCAAAUGUCCCAUCUUCGGAUCGAGUUCAUUUUUUAAACCUCAGCUUCCGCAUCAGGGACCUUUCUGCUGCUCAUCAUGUUCUCGCUUUCGUCAAAGAUGUUGGAGAUGCGUCUAUUAUCCGCACACAGGAGAGAGGAGAUGGGAGUAGAGGGAAGCAAAAGUUUGUUAAUUGUGGCGAGAAGAUCCAGGCUGUCAGCUGUGGAGAUGAUGUUGUCUGCCUUCUGUCUGAGGGGGGUAAAAUCUUCUGCGUGGACCCUAAUAUCACUCCGUUCACUCCCAGAACUCCACCAGCGCUGUCCAGCAUCAUAGUGACCCAGAUUGCCUGUGGGAGCCAUCAUACUGUCGCACUCACCAAAGAUGAUCAAGUGUACACAUGGGGCCAGGACUCCAGGGGUCAGCUGGGACUGGGUGGGAGUAAUUCUGGAGCCGGUUCACCUCAACAUAUCAGAUCUCUGUCAGCCGUCCCGGUGGUUCAGGUCUCUGCAGGAGGACAGCAUAGCUUUGCUCUCACCGUGUCCGGAGGCGUGUUCGGCUGGGGCAGAAAUGACUGCGGACAGCUUGGACUGGGAGACACUGAAGAUAGAACCACACCAGUGCCUGUCAAUUAUCUGAACACAAAGAAAGUCAUUCAUAUUUCCAGUGGACAGGAACACACUGUUGCUCUGACAAAGGACGGUGCAGUGUUUACGUUUGGCUCCAGCCAAUACGGACAGCUUGGACACAACUCGUUCCGAAAUGAGCUCCGUCCUCGGCUUGUUGCAGAGCUCUGGGGGGCAAAGGUCACCAAAACUGCAUGUGGGAGAUAUCACACAUUAGUGCUGACAGACCGUAUGAAGGCGUACUCCUUUGGUUGUAAUGAUCAUCAGCAGCUGGGACGUGAUGAGGAGAGUCAUUCGUCUGUCCCACUACCUGUACAAAUACCUCUCUGUCCCACAAACGGUCACCGGAUUGAAAAUAUCUUCGCUGGAGCAGAUUGUUCGUUUGCAACCUGCAGACCUAAAGAGGACGGAUUGAACUCAAAGAUCAACAUAACGCAACAGCCUAUUGAAAAACUGGUGGCUCAAUGGACCUUUGAAGCAAAGUUGGGACUAGUGACAAAACAGGAAAUUCAUAGAACAUUUUCCUCUGCUUCAAUUGUGAAUCGAAGUUUCCUUGAUCAAAGCAAAGAUAAGCAUUUCCGGACCUCAACAAACUACCCUGGUUUGGAUUUAUCGUUGGCCAAGAGUGUGUUUGAAAACCUUUUAAUUGAGAAGGUUCUUCAAUCCGAGGUGGAAACGGCUAUCCUGCUGUUGCUUCCUCGUCUUGACAACAAACCAGUGGGAGUGGAGGGUUUGAGGGUCUUCCUGGUUCUGACUGAGCUUCUUCAUGUGACUCAGAAAUAUUGUCAGCCACUGAUUUCCUCAACAAGCCUGAAACUGGUCGAGGAAAUCAGUGUUGCCUUCCAAAAACUUUCUCCUGAAAGCCUCCGGAUUAUAGGAGACUGGUGGUAUUCCCUGUUACCCGCUACAAUGAUCAGACAUGUAAACGUAUGGAAGACGGCUCUCGCAUGGCCAGUUUCUCGCUACUCGUUCAAGUGUAUCUUGCUGAUCCUCCAGAAUCUGUUUGAGGCCAACAGGAAGAAAAUCCCUGAACAGACAUUUGGUGUGGAGUUUCACCCAACAUUUCUUCAAGAAGAUCUGCAGCUCUGGCGUAGAAUGUCACUAAACAGGAUGGGGGAUAAUCAACCCCUCAUCCUCUGUGAUUUUGCAUUUGUUAUGGAUCUGAAGUCAAAGAAAAUGGUUUUUGACACCAACGCUGCUUGGACUCAGGGUGAGCAUCAGAAUUGUCUUUUUAAACUCAACCUGAGGCGAGCUUCACUUUUGGAGGAAGCCUUCGUUCAGCUGGCCUCUGCUCAUCAAACUGACCUUAAGAAGCAACUCAUGGUGCACCUUGAUGGAGACUCAAAGGUCACAUUAGUCUAUAGAUCAGAUUUUUUCCACCACCUCAACAUCGUUAAAGAAAAAAGAGAGAUGUUCAUGUUGAACGAGUCUGAAACACUAGCCUGGUUCUCCUCCAGAACAGCAGAGAGAGACCAGGCAAACUUCCACCUGUUGGGGAUUCUGUGUGGAUUGGCCUUAUACAAUAAGAGCUUCAUACAAUUUCCCUUCCCACUGGUUCUGUUCAAAAAGCUGCUCGACAUUGAGUCAACUCUGGAAGAUAUGAUGGAGUUCAACGAAGGAGUUGGCAGGCGUCUGCAAUACAUAUUGGACUACGAAGACGACCUGGAAGACUUGCUUCUCACCUUCGAGAUUAACUGGGAUGAGACAGAUGUCGACCUUGAUCGUAGUAAUCCAGGAAAGCCGGUCACAAACCAAAACAAGAAGGAGUUUGUGGAUGCCUACGUGAAUUAUGCCUUCAACAAGUCAGUGGAGGGCGUGUUUCAGGAGUUCAAGCGCGGUUUCUUCCUGGUGUGUGACCAGCAGCUGGUGAAGCUUUUUAGACCAGAGGAGCUGCAGGGUGUCUUGGUGGGAGGAGACGUCUAUGACUGGGUGAAGCUCAAACAGAACACACAGUAUGUGUGGGUCAGUGACAGACACCCAACCGUACAGAUGUUUUGGGAAGUUUUUGAUGAACUUACUGAAGAACAGAAAAAAGAUUUUAUAUUGUUUCUGACUGGGACUCGGAAAGUCCCUGUUCUCGGCAUGGACCAGAUCAGGAUGAAAAUAACAAUAAAACAAAUCCAGAGUGGCCUUGCUGAUGAGGAAUUCCCAGAGUCAUUGACAUGUCACUCUAUUCUUGAAUUGCCAUUGUACUCGACCAAAGAGAUCAUGCGGGAAAGACUGACGGAGGCCCUGAAAUCAAAGAGAGGAUUCACGACGUGAAUCUAUGAACAUAUCACACACUAAGGAUAAAAUAUUGCAAUGUACUGGAAAUAUGCCAUUAAAACGAGGUGAAGUGACAGCACUUAAAAAUUUAUAUAUCCUAUACAUUUACACUGAAAUGACCUUUUUUUUCUGUGAUCUACUGCACUUAGUAUUUGUAUUUACAGAAGGAUUUGAUAACUAAAGUAUUUUAUUACUAUGUGAUAUACAGACAUGAAGUUCAGAACACAAUUUUACUUCCUUGCAUGUUUAUAUUUUUGGGUUGUAACUGCAACAUUGAGUUUAAGGUGUUAUUUUUAGUGUUGUUUCUGAUGUAACUUUGAGGUUUGAAGAUUUUUUUUUUUUAAUGAAACAUUGACCAACAUAUUUUAUGUGUAUGAUUUUGGUGAUAGCCCUCAUAAAAAUGCAAUGUUUGUUCAGUUGUUGGUGUUUUCUUUACAACUUUGUAAUUUUGUACUUUUGUUAUGUAAAGCUGCUGAAAUGUGCUAUACAAAUUAACCUGACUUGACUUGACUUAAACUAUUCAUAUUAUCACUGAAAUAUACAUUAAAUGAAUAUUAGCCACCAUGGCUACUCAGUGGCAGGGAAUCCAGCAGUAAUUUUAUGUUUUAGAAAUUGUAAUUGCUUAUUCUUUGUGAGUUUUGACUUUCACGUUUGUAACUGCAUAAUAAACUAGAAUGUAGUUGAAAAUAA